UGCUUGCAAAACAUCUGUAUCACCAGGUGGAGGUGAAGCAGAAUCAGAAGAACCUGGUGGACCAGCUGACGAGAGUCCUGAUGGGUUCUCCAGGGCCACCAACCCGGCAGCUUCUCUCCCAGUGCUUUGCCCUGAUGUACAAGAUCGGUGAUCCCUUUUUGGCCACCAUCACGAUCGAUAAGUGCAGUGACAUCAUCCGCAGCAAGGACGACUCGCCCAGCUUCCUGCCUACCCGCCUGGCAGCCAUUGCCUGCCUGGGUGCGAUAUAUGAGCAGCUCGGCCGGUUGCUAGAUAAAACCUUUUCAACUGUGGUGGCCAACCUAAUAAAGACCCUGAAGAGUGCUGAGUCCCAGGGACGGUACGAGAUCAUGCUGAGCAUCGAGAAGAUCCUGCGGGGGCUCGGGCCCAGCGCACUGCCAUGCCACAGAGACGUGUACAAGGUGGCGCGCAUCUGCCUGACAGACCGCGCCAUGCCGGUGCGCUGUGCUGCAGCUAAG